AUGAUAUCCUCAGCUGUCCUCAUCCCGGAGGAGCCCCAGCUCGAUCAUGCAGAGCAAAAUGGCUCCCUAAAGCGUCGUCAAUCCUCCGUCUCUGAAUCCUCCGAUUCAAAUAAACGCCCUCGUCUUGAUUCUCAGACAUCGACAACCGCAUCGAACAAUGGCGGUGCCUCACCGACGGCGCCAUCAGCAUCCUCCUCAGCCACUGCAACAGCUGGAAGUGGACAUCCAUCGGCAAUGUCUCCUCCUCCGCCUCGCCGGCGACAAACAUCUUCGACCCUGGAACAGGACAAAUCUCGCAACCGCCGACUCUUCGGUGCCUUGCUGGGCACCCUUUCCCAGUCUUCAAAUGCUCCCAGAAGAUCCUCCGCCGGAACAAAAUCAAACAGCUCCACAACGCCGCUAAAUGCUCGACGCGAAGAAAUCGAGUCUCGCCAACGGGAGCGCUUAAAGCGUGAGUCCCAUGAAAUUGCCGAAUCUGCGCGCCUCAAAAGGGAACAACUCGAACGUGAACGACGUUUUGAACAGUUGCGCUGGGAUGAAGAAGCGAUGAGAUUGAGACAUAGGAAUAUCAGAGCUGCCGCGGGAUUUUUGCAGACAAAGGCAGAGCCGCGACUAUAUUACAAACCCUGGGAAUUGCGCGACUCCGAGGAAGACACAAUUAAACAUCAGAUUGAGGAAGUGGAAGCGAGGAUCCAGCGAGAAGCAGACGAGUUUGAGGAGAAAAAGAAGGUGAGCGGAGAGGAAUUUAAAAGAGAAAGGCAAAAGGAUAAGGACAUUCAGCAACCGUCCGGUUCGACAACAAGCCCGCCUGAAGCCAGCAGCACGGAGAAAGUGGAUGAUCGCCUGAGUGCUGAAGGGGAGGCCGAUAACCAGACAUCUAGAGAUGAGCGAUCGGACCAUGUUGGUGAAGAGAGGAAUGAGAGUGAUCAACCUUCCCCGCGCGAGUCUUCUGGUCCUUCAAAAGACAAUAAUGUUCCGGCGAACACUCACCAAACCGAAAGGCGGCGCAGCAGCAGUAGCAAGGACCAGGACGACCAUGAUCAUGGCGGCGAAGAACUAGAGCGGGGACAGGAGGAUGAUAACAAGGAGCAAGUCGAGCUGCUUGUCCACGCGGGCGCGGACGUCAACUGUCGAUCCGACUCCGGAUUCACGGUUCUCCAUCGUGCUGUCCAGAAUCCCUCGAUUGAAAUUGUAGACUUCCUCAUCAAGGCCGGUGUUAACGUCAACUCGCAGACCAACACGGGUACCACACCUCUCCAUUGUGCACUGCGAUCUCAGCUGAGAGGCUCUUCCAGCAUAAGGGAGAUCGUCAUCUUGCUCCUAGAGGCGGGAACCGACGUCAACACCCACGAUGCUGCUGGUAGGACGGCACUGGAUCUCUGUUCUCACCUGGACCUCCCCCUCUCCAUGAGCCUACUGAAAGCAGGAGUCGACCCAAAGGAACAGUGCGUCACAUUUCUGAAGGCCGUGUCGCGGGGAUUGUCCUUUGCGGGACAUCUGGAGGUCGCUCAAUGGCUUAUCGAUAGGGGCUACGAUAUCAACUCGGGCCAGGAGGAGGCGAAGGCGUGGCCGCACGACAAGCACGCUGCACGCGCUUGCAACGCGCUGUUGUCCUUGGCUGCCAACGGUCCCGACAACCCCGAGCGUCUUGCGUUUCUUCUGAAGAAUGGAGCUGAUAUAGGGACUUUUAGCGAAGAGGCCUUGCGAUUGGCGGUUCAGAACAACAAUCCGACGCUCGUUCGUGGGCUCCGGGAAGUUGGUGUGCAGCUGGCGCGGGCGGCGGUAGAGGCGACAAUAUCGAAGCAACAUCCGCGUAGGAGGUGGCUGAAGAGCAAUAUAGAGGAGGAGACGGGGGGGGAGGUUAAGCGAGUAGAAGAGGUUUCAUUAUCAGGCCGGUUAGAACCUAAACCCAGAGAAUCACUAUGGACGGCGGCCUAG